AUGAAUCUGCUACCCUCCAGCAACGAAAAGACUCCCGCCCCCAAUGUGACUCCUAGCAGUAAUCCCACUGCUGCGGGUUACCACCACCCCCCACCUCCCAAGCAGCCAGGUCUCGAGUUUAAUCACCACCACCACCCCACUGCUCAGCACCAUCAGCAACAGGCCAAUGGGGGUGGCGGGGUUCAUCAGACUUCUGCUGCUGUUGCUGCUGCUCAAUCUCUUCUAGAAAGCACUCAAAAACAGCAGCAUCUCUCCUCUAUCUCUGCACAUCCUGUCCCUCCUCCCAGUCUCCGUGAAUCCGAUUUGCAUGAGUUCACUAGAGCACCCGUUCCCGAUGUUGUCGAUGAUUUUAAAAUCUGA